ACGUGGGUUCUGAUAGGGAAAGAUUUCUGCAAGUCUGGGUGAAGUACUUAAUUUUCUUCACCCUGCCUCGUUAAUCCUUCUCCAUCCUCAAGCAUUAAAUGGAAAAGGUAAUUUGUAAUUACAUUUAAAAUAAUCAGAUUUUUAUAAAAUGCUUUGGGUUAUCCAAAUGGAAGCCAUAAUGUAACAGAAAAGAGCCUUUACCAUGAGUGUAUGAUUGGCUUUAUGUAAAUGAUUUUUAGGAGGGGUGUUACAAUGCUUAACUAAUGUCUUUUUGAAUGAAAGGUUCUGUAUGCGUGAAAAAUAUUAGGCAUAAAAAUUACUGUUCACUUGAAAAUAUGCAAUCCACUUAGAGGGUUUGUCCUGAUGUCAUGGAUGGCAGCCAUCUCUGUACUUAUUGGGGGCAAAUCUGAAUAAUAACAUAAUUUAAAUUCUGCUGAAAACACAGAAAAAAUGUAUUAACGUGUGGUAAACGUUGAUAGGGAAAGAAAUGAUUUAUUCUUAACCUUUUUGAGUCUCUUUGUUUGAACAUCAGCAGUUACAUUUACUUAAAAACAGAUGUUCAAUUGGCAGCCUUUAAUGGUUAAUUUUGGAGCUGUUACAUGCUGAGAUCAUAAAUGAUAAAGAAACAGUCAAUUUGUAGAUAUAUAUUUUUUGGCAGAUUCUUUUAUUGUCCACACAUAUCCCAAGAUUAAUACUUUAUAUGCCUGUGCUUUAAUUGAAAUAAGUGUGUUUGGAAAGAGCUCUUCUUGGCUUUUGCUGUGCUCUGUCACAAAAAAGGUAGAUUUACUAACCUUUUUACUUCUUUCCCAAAAGAAGUGUUCCUUUCUCCUGGCCUCACAUCUUUCCCAGGUGCCCCCAGGAAACAGCUCAAGCACAGCACAGGGCUUACUGGGUGGGCUCAGUCUAGGAGUAUCAUACUGUAGUGGGACAUGAAAGUACUGAAGUAUUCCAUGGAUCUGGCUGGGUUUAUGUACAGCUGAUGCUCUCUGUCUGUUUGGGAGAUACCACUGUGACUUGCUGCGGACCAGAGCAACCUAUAGCGCUCAGACGUGCUAUGCUUCCAGAAGUGCCCAGGUGUGAGAGCAAAAUGGCAGGAAACAGCCUUGUUUUACCCAUUGUCCUGUGGGGCCGUAGGGCCCCCACGCACUGCAUAUCCACCCUGCUGCUCAUGGAGGAUGCCUCAAUGAUCGUCACGGGAUGCCACGAUGGGCAAAUAUGUCUCUGGGACCUUUCUUUGGAUUUAGAGAUUAAUCCCAGAGCUCUGUUGUUUGGUCAUACAGCCUCAAUUACUUGUUUAUCAAAGGCCUCUGCUUCCAGAGAAAAGCAAUACAUAGUGAGUGCAUCAGAAAGCGGGGAGAUGUGUCUGUGGGACGUGAAUGACGGGAGAUGCAUAGAGUUUACUAAACUAGCCUGUACGCAUACUGGCAUACAGUUCUAUCAGUUUACAGUUGGGACUCAGCGUGAAGGGAGGCUAUUAUGCCAUGGACAUUAUCCAGAAAUUCUUGUUGUGGAUGCUACCAGCCUUGAAGUUCUUUAUUCUUUAUUAUCAAAGAUAUCUCCUGACUGGAUCAGCUCCAUGACUAUCAUUCGAUCCAACAGAACACAAGAGGAUACUGUUGUAGCAGUUUCAGUGACAGGCAUCCUGAAAGUAUGGAUAAUAACCUCUGAAGUUAGUCGGAUGCAGGAUACAACACCAGUAUUUGAAGAGGAGUCAAAACCUAUUUAUUGUCAAAACUGUCAAAGCAUUUCUUUCUGUGCGUUUACGCAGCGGUCGUUGCUGGUAGUGUGUUCCAAAUACUGGAGGGUUUUUGAUGCUGGAGAUUAUUCCCUCUUAUGUUCAGUCCCCAGUGAAAACGAUCAGACCUGGACUGGUGGUGACUUUGUGUCAGCUGAUAAAGUGAUUGUAUGGACAGAAGAUGGACAAAGCUUCAUAUAUAAAUUACCAGCGAGCUGUCUACCAGCUAGUGAUUCAUUUCGCAGAGAUGUGGGGAAAGCAGUAGAAAAUUUAAUUCCACCUUUAUUGUACAGUGUGUUGGACAGAGCAGAUAAACAGCUGCUAAUAUGUCCUCCAGUUACUCGAUUCUUCUGUGGACACAGGGAGUUUUCCUAUAAACUGUUAAUCCAAGGAGACUCUUCAGGGAGACUGUGUAUUUGGAGUGUGCCUGAUACUCUUGAACAGCAAGGACUGCAAACAACGACUUCAGUAUCCCUCCAGGAAGCUUUUGAUAAACUUACUCCUCGCCCUGCUGGGAUUAUAGACCAACUAAGCUUAAUACCAAACAUCAAUGAACCACUUAAAGUUACAGCCAGCGUGUAUAUCCCAGCACAUGGGCGUUUGGUUUGUGGUCGUGAAGAUGGAAGCAUUGUUAUUGUGCCAGCAACACAAACUGCUGUAGUUCAGCUGCUGCAAGGAGAGCAUAUGCUCAGGAGAGGUUGGCCACCUCACCGGACUCUCAGAGGCCAUCGAAACAAAAUUACAUGUUUGCUGUACCCUCAUCAGGUUUCUUCUCGUUAUGAUCAAAGGUAUUUGAUCUCAGGUGGUGUGGAUUUCUCAGUCAUCCUAUGGGAUGUAUUUUCUGGAGAGAUGAAACAUAUCUUCUGUGUACAUGGGGGAGAAAUUACACAACUUCUAGUUCCACCAGAAAACUGUAGUGCAAGAGUCCAGCACUGUAUUUGCUCUGUUGCCAGUGAUCAUUCAGUAGGUCUUCUGAGUCUGCGGGAAAAAAAAUGCAUCAUGCUGGCAUCCCGUCACCUUUUCCCUAUUCAAGUAAUAAAAUGGAGGCCUUCUGAUGAUUACCUCGUGGUAGGAUGUUCAGAUGGGUCUGUGUACGUUUGGCAAAUGGAUACUGGUGCGCUGGACAGGUGUGUGAUGGGAAUAACAGCAGUGGAAAUUCUGAAUGCCUGUGACGAGGCAGUCCCAGCAGCUGUGGACUCCCUGAGCCAUCCUGCCGUCAACCUGAAACAGGCAAUGACUAGGCGUAGUCUGGCUGCUCUGAAAAACGUGGCACAUCAGAAACUACAGACUCUUGCCACUAAUCUACUUGCUUCUGAAGCAUCUGAUAAGGGGAAUUUACCUAAAUAUUCACAUAACUCCCUUAUGGUUCAAGCUAUAAAGACUAACUUAACAGAUCCAGAUAUACACGUGCUCUUCUUUGAUGUAGAAGCCCUGAUUAUUCAGCUGCUGACUGAGGAGGCCUCCAGACCCAAUACUGCCCUCAUUUCUCCAGAGAAUUUACAGAAAGCCUCUGGCGGGUCUGACAAAGGAGGCUCCUUUUUGACUGGUAAACGAGCAGCUGUCCUCUUCCAGCAGGUCAAGGAAACAAUCAAAGAGAAUAUAAAAGAGCAUCUUCUUGACGAUGAAGAUGAGGAUGAAGAAUCGAUAAGGCAGAGGAGAGAAGAUGGUGACCCAGAAUAUCGCUCUAGCAAAUCUAAACCAUUAACUUUGUUAGAAUAUAAUCUAACCAUGGAUACAGCAAAGCUUUUUAUGUCCUGUCUUCAUGCCUGGGGCCUGAAUUCUGUUCUAGAUGAGCUUUGCCUUGAGCGUCUUGGGAUGCUGAAGCCACACUGUUCAGUGUCCUUUGGCCUCCUGUCUAGAGGAGGCCACAUGUCUCUGAUGCUUCCUGGCUACAACCAGCCUGUAGGCAAACUGGCAUAUGAUAGUGUGGAGUUAGGAAGGAAAAUGUCCGUUACGGAAGGACUGGGAAAGGGGACGUAUGGUGUAUCGCGUGCCGUCACCACUCAGCACCUCCUCUCUGUUAUCUCACUGGCCAACACAUUGAUGAGUAUGACCAAUGCCACUUUUAUUGGAGACCACAUGAAGAAAGGUCCGACCAGGCCACCUAGGCCAGGCACUCCCGAGAUGUCAAAAGUGAAGGCACCCUCUUCAAUUUCAAGUCACGCAGCCCAAGGACAAAUUAAGCAAGUUGCUCCUGCUGUUUCUUCUAGCACUGAAGCUGGUCACUCUGGCUCUGACACUGCUCCUACUUUACAUACCUGUUUCUUAGUCAAUGAAGGGUGGAGCCAGCUUGCUGCUAUGCACUGCGUAAUGCUCCCUGACCUGUUGGGACUGGAUAAAUUCAGACCUCCCCUUCUGGAGAUGCUGGCUCGCAGGUGGCAGGAUCGAUGCUUGGAGGUAAGAGAAGCUGCCCAGGCCUUGUUGCUAGCAGAACUGAGAAGAAUCGAGCAGGCAGGUCGGAAAGAAACUAUUGAUGCGUGGGCUCCUUAUUUACCACAGUACAUUGACAAUGUGAUAUCACCUGGAGUAACCACGGAAGCCAUUCAAACUGGUGGUGCAAGCCCGGAUUCAUUGGGAACAGAAGCAAAAGUUCAGGAAGAGGAACAUGAUCUGGUUGAUGAUGACAUCACAGCAGGUUGUCUGUCUGGUCUCCCACAAAUGAAAAAAAUAUCCACAUCCUAUGAAGAGAGACGGAAGCAAGCCACGGCCAUCGUUCUGCUGGGGGUGAUCGGGGCAGAAUUUGGAGCUGAAAUUGAACCUCCGAAACUUCCCACUCGGCCACGUAGUUCCAGUCAAAUUCCUGAGGGAUUUGGUUUGACUAGCGGUGGAUCAAAUUAUUCCUUGGCAAGGCAUACAUGCAAGGCACUGACGUUCCUGCUGCUGCAGCCGCCCAGCCCCAAGCUGCCCGCACACAGCACCAUCCGCAGAACUGCCAUUGACCUUAUCGGCCGCGGCUUUACCGUGUGGGAGCCCUACAUGGAUGUCUCUGCCGUGCUGAUGGGCCUUCUGGAGCUCUGUGCAGAUGCGGAGAAACAGCUUGCUAACAUCACAAUGGGGCUGCCCCUGAGCCCAGCCGCUGACUCUGCCCGCUCAGCGCGGCACGCUCUCUCCCUCAUCGCCACAGCCAGACCACCCGCCUUCAUCACCACCAUCGCCAAGGAGGUGCACAGGCACACUGCCCUGGCAGCAAACACGCAGUCUCAGCAGAAUAUUCACACCACCACCCUCGCUCGGGCUAAAGGAGAGAUCUUGAGAGUCAUCGAGAUACUUAUUGAGAAGAUGCCUACCGAUGUUGUGGACCUUCUGGUGGAGGUUAUGGACAUCAUCAUGUAUUGCCUUGAAGGAUCUUUAGUUAAGAAAAAGGGUCUUCAGGAAUGCUUUCCAGCCAUCUGCAGGUUCUACAUGGUCAGCUAUUACGAGCGGAGUCACAGAAUAGCAGUGGGAGCUCGCCAUGGUUCAGUGGCCCUCUACGACAUCCGGACUGGGAAAUGUCAGACUAUCCAUGGCCAUAAAGGACCGAUAACUGCAGUGGCUUUUGCUCCUGACGGCCGGUACCUCGCUACAUACUCCAAUUCUGACAGCCACCUCUCCUUCUGGCAGAUGAACACCUCUCUCCUGGGGAGCAUCGGCAUGCUGAACUCAGCGCCUCAGCUCCGCUGCAUCAAAACCUACCAGGUGCCCCCAGUGCAGCCAGCCUCGCCGGGCUCCCACAACGCCCUCAGGCUGGCACGGCUCAUCUGGACCUCCAACCGCAAUGUCAUCCUCAUGGCUCACGAUGGCAAGGAGCAUCGCUUUAUGGUCUAGGCCGGGAGGAGGAAGGUGCCAGGAAGGUGCUCCCAGUGUGGCGCAGCAGAAGCAGUGACACUGUGAUGGCACUCCUCGGCCAGACCCGCAGCGGCAGGAAUCACACCAGGCUUUGCAGCUGGGCUGAGCCCGGCCCCUUCCUUGCUAGAUGUUGAGUUCACGCAGCAGCCCUCAUUAAACACAUUUUUCCUUUGGAGACUCUUGCAGAAUCUCAGUGUUUACCAAAAGGCUUGUGUUUACGUGUACUUUCUCCUAGUGACCACUGAAUGAUGGCAGGUGAUGCAUCCUAGAGCUAGGCACGUGUGUUUCUUAGUGCGGGGCUCAUUGCCGCAGGGUGGGGAGGGAUUGAUUUUCGGGGCGGGGGGAUGGCCUGUGUUCUGAUCUGAAGGGGAUGUUUCCUCAUACAGAGUCUUGGUUUUUAAGAGAAUUGGGAAGUGCUGCUGUGCCCAGUCACUGUUUGCUGUAGUCUGGAAGAAAGAAUAGUCCACAUGUAAAUAAAAAAGAAGAAGAAUCUCUUUAAGAUGGAAUAGCAAACUUGAAAAAAGGAGUAUUUAUAUAUAAUGGUGUUUUUUGCUACCAAUGCAGGUAUUUAUUUUGGAAAAAAAAAAAAAAGACAAAAAAAAAAAAAAGAAAAAAAGCUUUUUCUUCCUAAAGCCACUCCUGUUUGUGCCAGGACGUGCGUGGCAGCGAGAGCGUGCACCCACGCUGUGCCACCCACACUUGUGUCGCAGCCACAGCCCUGUGGUGCCUUCACUGGGGGCCCAGGGGGAAGGACACAGGCCUUGGGGGGAGACGGCACAAAUGGCACUGGGGGGGAGCAAUUCUGGCUGGAAAAAUGAUGAAAAGUGUGUAGAAGGUAAGUUAUUUGAAUGGAUAUAUUGAAACACUUCCUUCAGUAGGAAUAUUCCUGUGGUAACAUUAGCAGUGACUGUGUUUUCCUCUUCUUACAUAUCUAAUUUUGUGAAAUAUUUAAUGGUGUGGAAGUAUGUUGGUUUAUGCUCACAGUAAAGAAAAAAUCUAUAAAAUACUAUUUUAUUUAAACAUAUUGAUGUAUAUGUUUGUAUAGCUUUUCCUUUGUCAUUUUAGUCUGGAAAGCUCACAGAACUAAGAAGGCUGUCUUUACAUAAUGAAGUAAAAAUGGUACUUAUAGAAUCUUCCCUUCCCCAAAAUGGAAUAAAUGAAUUUUAAAAAUGGCUUCUAAAUAUAAAAAGCAUUUAUUUUAUUUUAUUUUUUAGGUGGUCUGUGUAGUACAGUGUACAUGAAAUUGAGAUUUACAGUCCUGAUGCUACAUAUCUGUUUGCUGUUUAAAAAUAAUUAAAAAAAAUUAAAACCCAAGAAAUUAAGACCAUUAGGAAUGUUUAACACAAACUGCUGUAAAGUUUUAAUCUUUUCUCUGGUGGGAAUGUAGUGUAUAGUGGAGAACUCUGUAGUAGAAUAUCAGGGUCUUUUCUAAGUGAACUAAUGCAAUGUGCAUGUACAUUGUGUUUAUACAGAUAUAUAUGUAACCUUGGAGAUUAAAAAAUAACAAAAAACACACAAAACAAAAAGAGGAGAGCGAGCAGAGACUUUCCAUCUGUAGAAUGAAAUGCUGUAAUUUUCAGUAUAGGCUUAUGAGGAGAGCGCUGUGUACCCGGUAGGCGUUCUCCCCCUGGUACCCCGGGAUCCUGUCCGGUGGGUUGCGGCAGUCUCGCCUAUGUAUGUGUGUUUACUUUCAGAACAAAAUGCGGGCCCAGUAGGAGUGUGGACCGUGUCCCUGCAGUGAUUUCCUUUGUGGUAUAGUGCACAAACAUCUUGAAUUAUAUAUGCGUUAAAAUGUUUGUUUCAAGCUAGAGGUGUAAUGGAUUUUCUCAAAUGCAGAAGCGAGCCGGUAAAUUUCCUCACAGUCCUGAGUGAGCUCACAUAGCAAGAGCCAAGGCAGUGGCAGCGAGGGGUCGGUGUGCUGAGGAGUCACGCACCCCAGGCACACCAGCGCUGGUGGCGGGGCCGGCCUGGUCAUGGGGCUGGCAAGGGGCCGGCAGCGAUGCCUUCCCACCGCCCCAGCAAGUGCACUUGGGCUACCUCCGCAGCCCAGUCCUGAACUGCCCAGCCUCGCACGCUCAGCACCGCAGUGAAGUGUGUAUUGUCGUUCCAGUGUAAGCUUUUAGUGCUUUAUUGAUUUGUUAGUACUGUAUUUGGACUUGUCCUUGUAAAUGUAGAGAUGUAUGUGGCUUCAUUGGCAGUUUACAAGCAAAAGAUGACAUGAUGAGACACCUGUAUGAAAAUGUUGUGAUGAUUGAAGUCACCAUGUACAGUGAAUGGUUCAAGUGUCUGCCUCUCCAGCAGCUUCUCGACGAAUCCACUCCCCAUCCUCUGUAUGUAUUAAACUCCCCCGUGUAAAUAUGCUUGUGAAAUAAAACUGAAUUGUAUUGAA